CUUAAAUUCAUAAUGAAUUAAGAUAUUAGUCCUGAAAAUGGCAGCUUUAAUAAAAAAACGAGUACUAGCUGAAUUUAAUCAGAGCCAGGCGAUUGUUAAUGAGCCUCCAAUCAAACGGCUAAAGACUCUAAGAUUAUUAUCGACGUCUGGUUCGAAGAAUGGUACUGACAGUAGCUCAGCAUUAGCUUACAUAGAAUGCUUGGAGAAAUGUAAAAGUGGAAAUGAUGCGUUGCAAUUGCUUGUUCGUAUUUCGGAUGCUAUAGCGUAUAUAGCGCCAGAGGAUGUUCCCAUUGCUAUAAAGAAAUUAGCGGAGAGAUUUGUUGUCGAAAAUGAAAUUGCAGUUAGAGCCAAAAUUUUCUGGGUGUUUGCUGAAUUAGGAGAAGUAACGCCUGAUACUUUGGAAAAAGCGAAAAUUGUGAAUGAAACAGCUGAACUUUUGAGGAACGAGGAAUCACAUAGAGUAAAAAGUCAGGGAUUAGCAACAUUACUAAAGUUAGGAGAUUAUCAAAGAGCACUAGUAUUGAAGAUUGCACAAGAACAUUUGCCUGACACAUGGCAUGGUGUUCAAACACGAUGUCUUUCGAUUAUCGGACGUUAUCUAACUGCAAAUGCUGCUGAUGAUACCUUAACAUUAAUUGGUAAUUAUGCCCGUUCUCAAGAUCCACGGGUUCGUGCUCAAGCUUUCGAAACUAUGGCAGAAUUACAUUCUCAUAGAGGUUGUAGACUCCCUGCGAGUUUUUUCAAGGAAGCUUGUGCAGCUCUUGGCGAUGAUUAUGAGAUUGUACGCCGAGCUGUUCUUAAACUUAUCUAUCUUUUAGGUCGGGAGUAUCCAGAAAAUAUUGUUGUUGGAUCUGAUGGAGAAGAUGUGCGAAUGGUAGACUGUGCCUUUUCACAAAUUUGCAGUCUUAUGGGUGAUUUAUCACCUCGUGUUAGAGCUUCAGCAAUGUCCCUUUUGGGAACCAUGAAAAGUGUGUCACGUCGCUACAUAGAACAAGCCUUGGAUAAAAAACAGAAAGUAGUUGAAGCAGACAGACCCGAAGUUGAAGAGAAAAGUGGUUCUUGUGGAGCAUUCAUUCAUGGUUUAGAAGAUGAAUUUUUAGAGGUAAGAACAGCAGCAGUUGAAGCACUCUGCACACUUUCGUUAGAACAACCAAGUAUAGCUAGAAUUUCAUUGGACUUUAUGGUGGACAUGUUUAAUGAUGAAAUUCAGGACGUCAGAUUAAGAGCUAUUGAAUCUUUAAAGAAAAUGUCGUCAAGUGUAACUCUUCAAGAGGACCAAUUGGAAACAAUUUUAGGCGCUUUAGAAGAUUUCUCGGGAGAAGUGAGAGAAGGCUUGCACGCUAUGCUAGCUGCUAGUCAUCUCGCUACCACAAAUUGUCUUUACAUGUGCGUUAAUCGUUUGCUAGAUAAUUUAUCUCGGUAUCCUCAGGACAGAGAGAGUAUCAGGAGUUGUUUAGCAGAAUUAGGCGCAUCACAUCCGUACUUAACGUUACCUCUAGUACCACAACUUCUUGGCCGACAUCCUUUCUUCGACACACCCGAGCCAGAUGUGGAUGAGCCAUCCUAUGCAAGUGUACUUGUUUUAAUCUUCAACGCAGCAUUACACUGUCCAAGUAUGCAUGCUCUAUUUACAGAGCAUGCUUCUAAACACUAUCACUAUUUGCGCGACACUAUGCCGCAUCUAGUUCCGCGAUUACGACCAGCACUUACUAGUUCAGGAAUCAAAAUGGAAGAUAUGGAUAAUGAAGAGAACAGGGAUAAACGUGGUCGAGAGUUCUUGGAGAAGAUGGGAAUUGGAAUCGAGAAUGCUAGACCAGGGGGAAGAGUUCAUACGCAGCUUUUAGAAACUGCAGCUAUUGAUCUUGAUCGUAUGGCAGAAAUGGAUCAUCACAUGGAAGGUGCAGCACGUUUUACCGCCUUGUAUAUUCGAUGCCUGCUGCUAUUGAAGUCUGUCCUCAAAGAAUGUUCUGUGUCUUCGACAACAUCUAUUUCGGCGAAUCCAGUGCCGAACACUAACAACAAUAUUUUCGUUCUUCUUCAGCAUACACAAAAAUUACAACGUUUAUUUAGUGGAUUAGACGAAAAUGAUAUUAUAUUGGCUAACGAUAUGUGGUUGAAAGCACUGGCUAUAGAAUUAGUUAGGGUAACCAAAAGUGCUACCGGCAGCGCAUUACCACUGGCUCGUUAUUUUCUAUCUGAAGCAGAUGCUUUACCUCAAGAUACAUCAAGGCUACCACCGUUCUCCAGGGCUCUAGUUCUACAAAUACCCACUUUGGCGGACGUGAAACCGGGUUCCUUAACGCGGCUUUUGUUGCCAUUGCUUUUAACGCCUGUAAUACAGGGAGAAGAACGAUUACCGAGACCGUCAGCGACGACGCGCUUCUGUCGAGCACACAUCGAGGAACCGAGAGGCGAUGCCGAUGCUGCACUAAAAUUCACGGGUGGUCUUUUGCUGGGAAUUCCCUUAAACGCCAAGAUAUUGAAUCUACGCGAUCCUUCUACUCUGCGAAUAAAGCUGAGACACCCGGAUCAACAAGUGCAAUUACUGUUACCGCGACAAUCAGAUCUGCGUAUGCAACAGUCCAAUCAGAAAGAUUACAGAUUGAGGACGACAGUUUUACUAUCGCAUCAAGUAUGGAUGGAGCCUUGUAAUGUAGAAAUCUCUCUAGCAUUGCUGUUACCCUCAUCCUCUAUUUGCACACAUCCACCUUUAGAUGAUCCAUGCGUGAUUGAUUUGUGUAAACCUAUCAAAGUAUCAAUUGCACCGAAAGCCAUCAAAAGGGGCAUAUGA